CUCAGGACUCGCCAUGCCAAUCGCCGACACAGUGACACUCAACUCGGGCUACGAGAUGCCGGUCAUCGGCUACGGCACCUGGCAAUUGCCAAAAAAUUUGGCAGCCGAACGGGUACGAGAUGCACUUGAGGCCGGUUAUCGACAUAUUGAUAGUGCGUUGAGCUUCAAGAAUCAAGAGGAAGUCGCCGCGGGGAUCAAGGAUUGGUGUAAAAUUAGAAAAGUUCGGCGCGAAGAGCUUUUCCUCUCCUCAAAAAUCUGGAACACCUACCAUUCACGGAAUCGAUGCAUGCAGCAGAUCGAUGAGAUGCUUGAAAUCUUCGAGACCACCUACAUGGACCUAAUCGUGAUACACUGGCCAUUCGGCUGGGCCGAAGAUGAGCCACCGGGCGAGCGUGGGCUCUGGCCACGUGGUGCCAACGGUAAAAUGCGCUAUUCUGACGUGGAUUAUCUGGAGACGUGGAAAGCGCUCGAAGACGCACAUCGCUCGGGCAAAAUUCGCUCCAUCGGGCUCGCCAACUUCAAUAUUGGGCAAGUGGAACAGGUAUGGACGAAAGGAUUGAUCAAGCCAGCUGUACUUCAAGUUGAGAUGAAUCCCUUCUUGGAUCAGGAGGAAAUCCGGCAGUUCUGUAGGGAGAAAGGAAUUAUCCUUACCGCGUUUAUGCUCACAGGGAAUCCAGGAUCUGCGCUCUAUCGGAAGCAUGAGGACCCGAAUUUAUUGUACAAUGAGACCCUACAGUCAAUCGCGAAGGGACAUGGGAAGUCCGUCGUUCAAGUUCUCGUCCGAUGGGCAAUCGAUCUUCGCACAACUGCGCUGGUGAAAUCUUCCGAAUCCAAACGAAUCCGCCAAAACAUCAACAUUUUCAAGUUCCGCCUCACUUCCCAGGAGAUUGCUCGAAUAAAAGCGCUGAAUAUCGAUUUUCGGAUUCUGAACCCGUUGCUCGGCAACUAUGAUCAUCCGUACUUCCCGUGGCCGCAUGUUCAGGAGGAACAGUUACCGCAAAAAGUGGAGGAACCGGACCCUGAAAAUUUGUGAAUUUCUACUAAUUUUUUAUUUAUUUUAGAAUCAAUUUUCAAGAUCUCAAUUGUAUAUAUUUUUAUUUAUUUACGUAAAAA